CACUGGUUGGUGGAAGAAGCAUCAAAAUCACGGUCUUAUCAAAGUCCGUCUUAUUGUAGGGUGUUGUGUGGGUGGUUAGACGGCAUUGAAAGCGUGAUUGAAAGCCUGAAUCGCGGCGUGUAAUUGCUAAUUAAUUAAAUAUUCGUACAAACUUUUGAUAAGUUAAUUCAGUAGGGCCAGUAUGGCAGCUGAUGAAGGCUCUUGGCGUACGCCAGCAUUUAGGCAGAGUGUUGUAGCGAAAAUCGAUGAAGCGAUUCUUAGAUCCGGGAUGCCGACUUCAAAAAACAGCGUAGAAAUGGAAAAUCACGUUUUCCAAAAAGCAAAAACAAAGGAGGACUACCUGGGUUUUGUGGCCAGACUGAUACUCCACGUCAGAGAAAUGAAUACCAAAAAAACUAGCGGUGGUAUGGCACCUGGAACUGGGAAUGCCGGGGGUCAAGGCAUGCCAGAUCCAAUUGGAGCUCUGCAAACCUUGGCUCGCCAAGGUACAGGAAAUAACCAGAUGCUAGGGAUGGGAGGACCCGGUCCCGGACAACAAGGGAUGGUACAGCAGCCUCCACCUAAUACGGCAACAAACUUGCUGCAGAGUCUGAAUCAGCGGCCUGGCCAAGCAAUGAGCAUGACGGGGAUGCAAAAUAAAAUGGCAGGGAUGGGAAUGAUACCUGGACAAGCCGGUGGACCGAUGGGCCACAUGGGCCCGAUGCAAGGAAUGCAGGGAGGGCCAAUGCAGGCCCAAAUGAACCAGAUGAAUCAAGGAAACAUGCCACAGCAAAUGAAUCAAAUGGGUCCAGGUCAAAUGAAUCAAAUUGUGCAAAGCCAAAUGGGUCCCGGACAAAUGCAGCCAAACAUACAGGGUCAGAUGCAGGGACAAAUGUCAGGGCAAAUGGGUAACCAAAUGGGUGGACCUCUCGGUCCCGGAAUGCAAGGAGGAAUUCCACAGCAAAUGAAUCAAAUGCCAUCACAAAUAAAUCAGAUAGGUCCGGGGCAAAUGGGUCCUGCACAAAUGCCGCAGCAAAUGGGACACAUGCAGCGUAAGCCUACUGAAAUGAUGAAUUUGGGUUUUCCUGGGCCAAGAAACACAGCUCCAAAUCAGUUUUUGAGACAAAGUCCGUCUCCAUCUGCUCCGAGCCCUGCUGGACUGGCACCUUCAAGUAAUCAAAUGGUCGCUUCACCUGCAUUGGUACCAUCACCGAGUCCACAGCAUGCUAUGAUGGCCGGACCUCAACGUUCUGUGGGUAUGGCGCCUUCCCCAAGCAGCUCGCUGAAUACUCCAGCUGGGAUGGGAGCUACUCCGAGUCCUUUGCAAGAGGACCAAGCGUACAGAGACAAAGUUCGGCAACUGAGUAAAUACAUAGAGCCUCUCAGAAGGAUGAUAGCAAGAAUGGGAAAUGAAGGAAAUGUGGACAAGCUGAGUAAGAUGAAAAAGCUCUUGGAGAUAUUGUCAAACCCCAGUAAACGCAUGCCGUUGGAUACUCUACUGAAGUGUGAAGUUGUACUUGAAAAAUUGGACUUCAAGAGAGGGGAUGGAAGUGUCGGACCCCCAGUGACAACUCUAAAAGAACAUCACUUCUUCAGUCCUCUCUUAGACGCUGUAAACAACCAUCUCCAAAGUCCAGUAGCCAAUCACACAUUGCAACGAACAUUCGGUCCCUGUUUAGAGGCUUUGUUUGGCCCAGAAAUAAAAGGACUACCUCCCCCGCUGAAAAAACAGAAAGUGGAGGAACCGACGAGUGACAUACCAGACGUUUUGCAAGGCGAAAUAGCUCGCCUGGACCAGCGUUUCAAGGUCAGCCUAGAUGCUGCUCAGCAAAAUGGCUCGAAAUGUAUACAGCUUGUCUGUUGGCUUGACGAUCGGCACCUCCCCUGCGUUCCGCCAGUGUCUGUAACAGUUCCAGCCGACUAUCCUUUGACAGCACCUCGCUGCGUAAUGGCACCUCACGAGUACAACGCUACGACUUUUUUAUGUGCCGUCCAGAAAGCGCUUAAUGCUCGCAUAUCGAAACUUCCCCGACGAUUCUCCGUCUCACAACUAUUAGAUACUUGGGAAAUGAGUGUACGGCAGGCCAGUGCUCCAACGCAGACCCCUGUAUCGGCUGCAACGGUGCUUAUGGGGCUUUAAUUGAGUUGAAUGUGUCGGUAAGAAUGCUCAGUAAUCGUAGAAAUCUUAAUUAUCCUUUCCAUUCUAUUUAAUAUGAGAUUUACAUUGUAAGUGAAACAGUUCAUAUAUAUAAUUCAAUCAGCCUAAAAAGUAAGAUAAUAUUAUACAUCAGUUCCUGUUCAAACUCAAUCAACGUUUUGUAAAUACAAUUUUUCAUAAUGUUUA